UUAAAUAUCCCGAUCUGGCAACUCGGCUAUUUCUGAGAGGUUUUCGCACACCGUUAUAGAAAAUAUACCGCCUCCCCAACACACACACACACAUGCACAAUUUUUUGCAACCGAUAACUGGAUCACAGUAAACUCUUCACACACUUUAUUUAAAACUGGAGCAAUGUCAAUAAAGAAAGCAUCCAAGCCAAGCCUGAGCGAUGCCCAGGUGACAGAAAUCACUGCACGUCUUUUUGGGUUGACUGUAUCCUCCAUACAUCCUCUGCCCAGUUAUGAUGAUCAGAACUUCCAUUUGGUGUGUGUGGACGCUGGUGACUUCGUGCUGAAGGUCAUGAACUCUACAGACAGCGAGAACAUGAAACUACUGGAGUUGCAGACAUACAGCAUGAACCUCGUGCAACAGAAUGGACUUCCUGCUCAGACGGCUCUGCGCACUGUCACAGGGGAGAUGAUGAGUCUGGAAGAGAUUGAUUGUGGAUAUGGCCUUCAAAAAUAUCUGGUGCGUUUGUUGACAUACCUGCCUGGAACCCCAAUGGCCAAAAUCAACUGUACACCACAGCUGCUGUAUGAAACUGGGAAAACGGCUGCCAUGCUCGAUAACAUUUUACUGAGGAUGGAGCAUGAGAGCCUCAGUGCUCUUCACAGGGAGAAUUUCAUCUGGAGUUUGUCCUGCGUUCCGCUGAUAGAUGAUUACCUCUCUGUGAUGGACGGAGAUCCAAUGCAGCUCGUCAUUAGAGGAGUUAUUAAUCAUUACCGAAACCAAGUAGUACCAAAACUCCCCUCAUUCCGCAAGUGUAUAAAUCAUGGAGAUUUGAAUGAUCACAACAUCCUCGUAGAGCGGGACGGACCAUCUCGCUACAAGAUCAGCGGCAUUCUGGACUUCAGUGAUAUGAGCAGCGGUUAUUUCAUUUUCGAGCUGGCGAUUGCCAUCAUGUACAUGAUGAUAGAGAGCAGGAAUCCGCUGGAGGUUGGGGGUCCAGUGAUUGCAGGGUUUGAGAGUGUUUUUCCUCUGAACUCUGAUGAACGAGAUGCUUUGUAUACUCUGGUGCUGAGUCGGUUCUGUCAGUCGCUGGUUUAUAGCCGUUCUGCAGUUCUCCAGCAGCCAGAAAACGAAAUGUACCUGAUGAUCACAGCAAGAAACGGAUUUAGACUCCUCAAGCUUCUGUGGGAAAAAGGGAAAGAGGAAGUUGAGAAAGUGUGGUUUGAAGGUGCUGCGCAUAUCUCAAUGCUAAAUGGUGAUAAUAACUCUUUAAUCUAAUCCCUAAAAUGCUAAACACUAACUGCUAAUCACAGCACAAAUAACUACAACUGUUAAUACUUGCACUAAUACUAAACCUCAACUAGCCAUAAAAUAUAAUGAUAACCCUGACGGCUAUUGAUAAUUCCACAGAUUUCCUGAUUAAUCUUGCAAGACAGACUGAUACAGAUGAAUCUUACAGUAUACAUUUUGGCCAUGCCCAUUCCAUCGGUGUCUAUCAGAGACUUGCUAGUGAGGGGCCAAUGCUAAUCGAAGUCUAGAUGCUAACUUCUUAUCCAGAGGUGCUAACUUUAAUCCAGCUGCUAACACUAAUAAUCACACUACUGCAGUCCACACUCCUUAUUCGUGCAUGCGUUGAAGCCUGAGUGAGCAAGUGUGGGUCUGGAUAGGUGGGAUAAUUCUUCUGUUCAAGGGUUCAAAUUAGAACCUUUCAUACGUUUCUCACUAGUGAAAUUGGAAGUAUUACAGCAUUAAACCAAACCUUUUGUCUUUA